AUGACUCAGGAAAAUAACAACUCAACGAACUUAAAAACAGUUAUCAUUCCUUUUCACGAAUUUAUUGCUAAUGAAUUAGGAAACAACUGUAUUAAACCCAAUGAUGAAAUUCUCACAGUUUUAUUAAAACGGGAAGAAUGGGAAGGUCAUGAGGAUGGUGGAGAAACGCCAACAGAAUUAUCGGACCGUGUAAAAAAUUGGCAACCCUACGAUGCCAGAAAAGAUCGUCAACAACUUACAAGAGUGGAACAAAUUCAGUAUCAACUCAAAUACGGCGUAAAAAGUCUUCAAUUAAUUCUCGGUCAAGCAUUCUACCGUAUUUCAUUAGUCAAUGCUAUUAUGCAUCGUCAAUAUGAGCAAGGGGUUAAAGUAACAAGUCGUGGGCGUGCCAAAAAUAUUCUAGGCGUAGUAAAAUGGAACGCUACAUAUUGGCCACAAUAUUUAAAAUAUUAUGGAUUCUCUGGGAUUUUAAAUUACUGUCUUACAGUUUUAGAUUACCGACGUGUAUUCCAACUGAGUGUUUUUACUAUCGCAAUGGGUGCUGGGAUUAUGCGAUUUGGAUUAGCUCAGAAAUUAACAAAAACUCAACCCACGUAUGUUAUUUCAGCUGAAAAAUUCAGCGUACAACCAAAAUCCAAAAGCGAACAAAAUUUAUUAAUGGAAAAAGUUUUUGGAAAAAAACUGCCAAAAGCACUUGAGAACCCGAUUGUCUUAUACGUCGAGCCACUAGGAUUAACCAAUAUUCAACUCCGUGACGAGGGAACAAAAGAGAUUACAAAUUACCCAUUUAUUGGACUGACACCGGAAACACUUACAACUCAUCGUUCUGCACGACCAAUGGUACCUACAUACGAAGGCCUCGAAAAGUUUGACGCAGAUUAUUUAAAAGCAAUUCGUGCAGCAUCAUACCUUAUUGAUCAAGAGACGUUAAAAAAUGUCAUCGACACUGGUACAGUUUCCAAAAACUCAAUUCAUUCCCCAAACUUUUUCGAGAAAGUUGAUUUGAAUUUUUUCGAAUAUGAAGAAUUUGAUGAGAAAACGGAUAAUAAUCAAUCUUCGGUGCAAGAAUUAAGUCAAUUUUUCAAUCCCAAAAUGAUUCGAACUCUCUCAACCGAGGGAAUUUCACUUGGAACACAACCAGAUUGGAAAAUGGCUGGACCAAAACUUCAAACAAACACUCUUGCAGUAAAUGACGUCUACCCCUUAAUUGACAAAUAUUGGUCAGAAUCAAAAGCCGACCAAAUCCACAAAACAAGUGCGGAUUUUCAACUUGAAAAUUCAGUUGGAAAAUUGACCUCAGCUGCUUAUAGAACAGAAUCAGAAUUUGAUUUUAACGAUUUAGAAGAUUUUGAUGGACUAGAAGUUGAUGAAUGGGAUGAUUUUUAUUUUGAUCGUAAAUCAUUUCGUGCCAAAACAGCUGAGAGAGAAAAUGAGAAAUUCAAUGAAUUUUUAAUGCAAACGUCAAUGGAUGAACUUGGCCUAUAUAAAAAUGGAUUUCCAUCUCUCGAACUUAAGCGUAUUAAUGAAAAUUUAACAAAAGAGCAGUUCAAAGAUUUAGAAUUAAUUGGAGGACUUUUACCAAGCAUCUUUACUUGGUAUGCAUUCUAUACUCUUUAUCAAUUCCGACUUAACUACAUUUAUAAUGUUCGUAAAAAACCGGAACCAAUCUUAUAUACUCGUCUUGAUCACUUUGGGCGUCUUCAAAACAAGGUUAAAUUGAACGAAGUAGUCGGAAUUGACGGUGGUGGCGAAGCUUUUGAUAAACUUUUCUCCGCACUUCAACGAGCACGUGGAAUGGGCCUUUAUCUGCCGACAGUAUUACUGACAAUUUGGGAAUCGAGUUUAAGCCCUUUAAUUCCUGGAGAACUUGAUAAUUGGUUACUUACUCAACGUAAUAAAGUCCGUAUGAAUUUUAUAAAGCAUACUACCUCCAAAGUUGACUUUUUAAUGCCUGAAGUCACACUUGCACAAAAAAUGCUGUCUGAUCCAGAUAAAACGAGUGGGUAUGAAUCACGCUUUCAUUUCUUGACUCAUGCAGUUGAUAGUGCAAUUAAUAAAAUGGAUGCGUUCGAAAAAUCGAAUUCCAAAAUGCUUUCUAAUUUGGAAUUAACACUCCAAGAGAGCAAAACAAAAAUGUCAAAGAUUAGACAUUUACAGGGGCUCCUUCCGAUCAUGAAGGUAAAAGAACUUUUUAAAGUAACUUUGAAACUGCUUCAACUUAUUGAAAAUGAAUUAUCACAUAGCCCAGUAAUUUCGGCAUUAAAACCCGGUAGAUAUGGACUUAAUACGUUACCAAAAGGAAUGUUACUAGUAGGAGACCCAGGGAACGGCCGUAGCUUCUUAGCCCGUGCCAUUGCUAGUGAAAGCCGUUUACCAGUUUUUAAAACUGAAAGUACCCGUUUUCUUGAUGUAAAAUUUGGAGUAAUGCGUUUAAUGUCAUUAUUUCGCCGUGUACGUGAUCAAGCGCCUGGAAUUUUAUUUAUUCGUGACAUUGAUCUGAUCACUAUUGAUCGUGAACGUACAAAUAGCCCAGAAUUGAUUCAAUUAACAACUCAAUUUUUAAUUUGUUUCGAUGGCUACUAUAUCGGUUCAGAAGCCCGACCAACCCAACGUAAAAUCUUUACUCUCGGUUCAGUCUCGGAUAUUACACGUAUGGACCCUGCAUGUUUGCGUUCGGGCCGAUUCGAGUGGGUAGUGAAUUUACGUAAACCAAUUUUAGGCGAGCGUAAAUUUCUAUUAUUACAAAAAGCGUCACAAAGUCCAGUACAAAUUGAUGCAACUAUUGCUUGGAAUUAUUUUGGAUUAAUGAGUGAAGGUUUUACAAAUGCAGAAGUAGUCUCAAUUGUUAAUAAUUCAACAUUACAAGCAAUCCGUAAAAAUGAAUUUGUGCACACAAAUGAAUCCUUAAAUGAAGGGUUAAACAGUAUUUUCCAACUUCGUUGGAACCAAACAGUGUCAAAAGCUGCGGACGAAGGUUUCUUUAAUGAACUUCAUUUAAGUGAAGUAAUCAACUCAAAUAAAUUAACAGUUGAUUAUACAAUGAAUGAAAAAGAACGACCUUUUAAAACAAAAUGCAUGCAUUUAUUAACAACGGUAAAAAAUUGGUCACCAAAGAACAAUCCAACGGAAAUCAGUAGUCUUAGAAUGCAAAACAUUGGGAUGAGUAUUCAAACACAGCCAGUUGACUAUUCACAAGAAUUAAUUGUGGAAUUACUCGAUUUUAUGGCUGAAGGUGCAUUUAUUCGCCAAUUACGUCGUUGUAGUCCAGCAAAUACGUUUGUCACACAAACUUCAUAUUCUGGGCAACUCGGAGAGCGACUUAAUAAAACAUUUUUAAAAGGGUGCUUAAACUACCGAAUGGAAAAUACACUUGCACUCAUUGAAAACCCUACUCAAGGGCUUAAAACAUUAUCCGGAACAAUUAGUUGGGAAGCUUUAAACAAAACUGCUUUAAAGGAUUUACAACAACGUACUGCACUCUUUACCAGUUGGUAUAAGAGUCGAAUGUUCUGCCAACUUAAACCAGACCAACGUAGUUUAACGAAUCGUUACGGGUAUAAUCCAAAUUAUCAGCAAACUGGGUCAAGUUCCAUGAACCGAUUUAAAGAUCGUAUUAAAGCCCGAUUACGCGAAUCUACUCACCAAGCACACCCGCUUUAUGCAAUGUCUGGUUCAAUCCGUGGAACCUUUGGAAGCCGUGGGUAUGAAACACGACUUCAACGUCCGCUGACUGGUCCUGUAACACAAAUGAGUCAGGAAUUUUUAAAUAUUCAGUUUAAGUAA